GAGAUGACAUCAGCACACCAGGCCUCACCCUGUGCCUCGUCCCCUGGGCCGACUGUCUCAAUCACAGCAGCACUGCCACCGUCCUCUCCUGCCUAACCUACGACCCAGAAUCCCGGACCGCCAGGCUCGGCGCGCACCGAGCCUACGCGCCAGGCUCGGAGGUGUUUGACUCGUACGGCCCGUGGCUGAGCCCCAGGCAGCUGUAUCUGGACCAUGGGUUUGUGGAUGAAGUGGUGUUUGAGGGGAUUCUGGCUUCUAACGAGACGACUCUUAACGAAGCAUUCCUUAGGGAAGAGGCAGGAAGGGAGGAGCGAGAGGAAGGGGAUCAGGAUGAAGGGGAGGAGGAUGAGGAGUGGGAGGGGGAUGAGAUGGAGGAAGUGGGAGCGGAAGUGGAGCAGGGCAGCUGGAUGGGGUUUACGGCCCACAUCGACCACGUGAUUGAGUUGCCUGCGAACACCUUGGGUCACAUCAACAGCACUCUCAACGCGUCCCUGCUGGAGGCAGCAGGUCUUCCCAUUGGUGAGUGUAAGGCCUCCGCAGCCCACCUGUCCGCUGCUUUUGACAGGCCCCCCUCCCACCAUCGGGCCCCCCUCCCACCAUCGGGCCCCCCUCCCACCAUCGGGCCCCCCUCCUACCAUCGGGCCCCCCUCCCACCUCGUCCCACCUUGACCCCCCUCCCACCUCGGCCUCUCCUCCCUCUUCACACCCACUCCCCUCCCCUCUUCACACCCACUCCCCUCCCCUCUUCACAUCCACUCCCCUCCCCUCUUCACACCCACUCCCCUCUCCUGGUCCUUGCUCCCCUUUCUCCUCUUCCCCACUACAGACUCUUCCCGCUUCUCGCUCACUCCCGCCGGCUCUGGCAGCAUGAUGACAGCAUGCUGCCUUGCCUUGCUGUCAUCAUGCCGCCAGGGGCCAGGGCCAAGGGCCAAGGGCCGCCCUGGCUUCCCCUGACCUCCUCCACUCCCCAUUUCCCCCUUCCCCUUUUUAAUCCCUUCCCCACUACAGACUCUUCCCGCUUCUCUCUCACUCCCGCCGGCCCUGAUGACAGCAUAGUGACGUGGCUAAGGGCCGCCCUGGCUUCUCCUGCUGAGCUGGCAGCGGCUGGCUGGCGCCACGUGGACGCCUCUGAUUGGCUGAGCGGCGGCCGCAGCUGGCGGUUGGAGCAGAGAGCAGCGGCAGCAAUGGGGAGAAUUGCUGGGGGAGGUGUGACCGGGGAGGGAACUGAGAGAGAGGUAUACCUCCACCUCAUCUCCGCCGCUCGAUCCCAGCUGCAAGGGUACCGAGCAACCAUAGACGAGGACAUUACCCUACUGUUCAACGCCCCGCAUAGCAAGGCACCUGAGAGAUGGGCGGUCGCAGCAGUAUUAAGUGAGAAGCUGGCGCUUGCUGGUGCUAUUCAGGCGAUGCAAUCCCUUUGA